AUGCCCAUCAUCCUAGCAUCACUGGUAUUCGCCUUUGCUCUUGCCGCUUUACCUUCCACGGAACCACUCUCGCCGGACGAGCAGGAACAGGCGGAGUACGUUGCUCAUCUCAAAGAUGAGAGAGAGAAAAGGAGGUGGAAGAUUAGGCAGAAGGAAACUGAUAACUUCAGGAGGAGAUUGGACAAGAUUCCCAACGACUCAGACGAGCGAAGACGGAUGAGGGGUGAAAAUAUCAAUCUCAAGAACGAUGAUAGAAGGAGUAGGAGGAAAUAUGUUUCAGGAUUAGGAUUGAAUCUGCCAUUUGAGCAGUUUAAUGGAUUAUCCAGAGGACGAUUGAUAUCUGAUAUAUAUCCUGCGACCGACUACAAAAAAACCCAUCUUCGAAGAUCAUCUUCAGUCCCUUCUCUAUCAUCGACCUCAAGUGCCAGUUCAAGCUCGAGGGAUUCAAGUCCUGGUAGCUCGCCUAAGAGAUUUAGUGCGAUUCUUGUGUGA